AGACAGCGUCCGUCGCUUUCGGUAAUACGUCAUCGGUGGGCGCCCGUCCUGACGAAGGUUGAGAGGGGACCGCAGGGGCGGUGGCGGCGUCAGCGGCUCGACCGAGGUGGUAGUAGCAGCGACAGCAGCAGCAGCAGCAAUGGCUGGGGCGGGGCCUGCCCCGGGACUCCCGGGUGCAGGAGGACCCGUGGUCCCAGGCCCUGGUGCCGGCAUCCCGGGCAAGAGCGGCGAGGAACGCUUGAAGGAAAUGGAGGCGGAGAUGGCCCUGUUUGAGCAGGAAGUUCUGGGGGCUCCAGUUACCGGAAUCCCAACUGCGGUGCCCACGGUCCCCACAGUAGAUGCGAUGCAGGUCCCAGCAGCUCCUGUGAUCCGCCCAAUUAUUGCAACCAACACAUACCAGCAGGUAAGUUUUAGCUAAGACAUUAAGUGGGGAGCGACAGUGCCU